CCAACCAUACCAAAACAUUUAGAAUAAAAAUUAAAUAAAUAAAAAUACACACACUACAAAUUUCCCUCCCCAUAAUUAUGGUGAAUGGAGAAGAUUUAUACAACGUGAUGUGUGCAAUGAUACCUCUAUAUUUUGCAAUGCUAAUAGCAUAUGGUUCAGUGAAAUGGUGCAAAAUGUUCACCCCUGAACAAUGUUCAGGCAUAAACCGAUUUGUGGCAGUGUUUGCUGUUCCAGUUCUAUCUUUUCAUUUUAUUUCACUCAACAAUCCUUAUCAAAUGGACACUAUGUUCAUUGUAGCUGACACAAUUUCAAAGCUACUUGUUUUAUUAUUUCUUUCUAUUUGGGCCAUUUUCUUUACUAAAGGCUCAUUGGAUUGGCUCAUUACUCUUUUUUCACUUGCCACUUUGCCUAAUACCCUUGUUAUGGGUAUUCCUCUCCUUCAAGCUAUGUAUGGUGAUUUUACACAAACUCUCAUGGUGCAACUUGUCGUCCUACAAUGCAUCAUUUGGUAUACUCUGCUACUAUUCCUACUGGAAUACAGAGCAGCAAAACUUCUAAUAAAAACCGAGUUCCCGGGAGCCACCGCGUUAUCCAUAACUAAAUUCGAACUCGACGGCGAUGUUAUUUCUCUUCACGGCCACGAACCACUCCAAACCCAAUCACUAACCGACCAAAACGGCCACAUUAAAGUCCGAAUUCGUCGCUCAAUUUCCUCAGCACCACCGGAAUCAACUUCCUCAAUCGGUAACGGCAUCACUCCAUUUCGUCUCUCCAAUCUCUCCAAUGCCGACAUCUUCUCCAUCAACACGCCGAUUCAGUUUCUCGAUAAUGCGAGUCCUCGUCUCUCCGGUUACGCUUCGACGGAUGCUUAUUCGCUGCAGAUGACUCCGAGGAGGUCGAAUGUUAAUGAAGGGGAGAUUUGUACGCCGGUGUGGGGGAGGUCGCCGGUGGAUGGAGGGAGGAGGAAUUCGCCGGGGAUGAAUGGAGGGAGGGUGAUUUGGGAUUCGCCGGAGAAAUGGAGGGGAGAAGAGAGACAAGGAUGCAAGGAUAUUAGUAUGUCAGAUAAAGAAAUCAGCUUCAGAGACAGUCUCAAAGUCUCAGUGCCAGGGGAAGGUGUGGACCCCAAAGAUGAAAUUGCCAGUGACCAGAAAAUGCCAUAUGCCUUUGUAAUGUUGAGGCUUAUACUUAUAGUAGUUGGAAGAAAACUUUCUAGAAACCCUAAUACAUAUUCUAGUCUAUUAGGACUUCUCUGGUCUCUAAUCUCCUUCAAAUGGAACAUAGAAAUGCCCAGUCUUAUCAAAUCAUCAAUCAAAAUCAUAUCCGAUGCAGGUCUUGGAAUGGCAAUGUUUAGUUUAGGGCUUUUCAUGGCACUUCAGCCACGAAUCGUUGCUUGUGGUACCAAAAGAGCAACCAUGGGAAUGGCCAUUAGAUUCCUAUGUGGCCCUCUUGUAAUGUCAUUAACUUCCAUUGCCAUUGGAUUGAGAGGAAAAAAGCUGCAUACUGCCAUUGUGCAGGCUGCUCUUCCGCAAGGGAUAGUGCCAUUUGUAUUUGCAAGGGAAUAUGGGCUCCAUCCUGAUAUUUUGAGUACAGGGGUAAUCUUUGGCAUGUUAGUUUCCUUGCCAAUAACUCUCAUUUACUACAUAUUUCUUGGCUUGUGAAGAGUGACAAAAAUAAAAACUACAACUUGAAAGAAGAAUCAAUGGAUUGAAAAAACUACUAUCCAAAUUCAAACUAUGAAAGCAUCAACUAGACCAUGUUGCAACUAGGCAAAGUAGUGUAUACAUCAUAAUUAAAAGCCUCUAUGUUCCCCCAUAAUUCUGUCAUAUCACCGAUCAUUAUAUAAGAUGAUUUUUUCAUCUAUUGUAAACAUUACUCGCGGAGAAUACUGACUUGUGUAAAGCCGAAAGGGUUAUUGUAACAUGCUGUAAUACAAGUGUGUGACUAGAUGACACGAAAAGUAGUAGUUGAGUUUUAUUCUUCUUGACAUUCCUUACACUUAUUUUAUUUAUUUAUUAUUUACUACUACA